AUGGCAGGUGACCCCUCGAAACGUAACCAGAAUCUAUAUUGCGCGUACCACCAAGAGCUGGGUCACCUCACCGAUGAUUGUAGGAAUCUGAAAAACCACUUGGACCGGCUAGUCCGAGAGAGGAAGUUGAGACAUCUAUUACAUCACCCUGUGGGAUGGCAGGAACAAUCAAACAUCGAAACCAGGCAAAGCGCAUUAAGGCCACCCAUUGGCACAAUAAAUGUCAUCCUUGUUGCACCUGGAAGGACCGGAUCCAAUCCUCUCAGAGUAAUGUCAGUGGGCAGGCUCCCGUCUGAAGCCGAUGACAGGGAAUCUAAAAGGGCCAGUGCGAGUCCCACGCCCUUAAUUGGAUUCUCGGAUGAGGACAAACUGGGAACCUUUCAACCCCACGAUGAUGCCCUAGUCGUCACGCUCAGAAUUGGGGGUUAUGACGUCAAGAGGGUGCUAGUUGACCAAGGCAGCGCCGUGGAAGUAAUGUAUCCCAACUUGUAUAAAGGAUUGAACCUGAAGCCAGAGGACCUGUCGGCAUACGACUCCUCUUUGGUCAGUUUUGAAGGAAAAACAGUCACCCCAAAAGGAUUGAACCUGAAGCCCAACUUGUAUAAAGGAUUGAACCUAAAGCCAGAGGACCUGUCUGCAUACGACUCCCCUUUGGUCAAUUUUGAAGGAAAAACAGUCACCCCGAAAGGCAUGAUCAAGCUGCCUGUACAAACAGACUCAGACGUGGUGGAAGUGAACUUCAUUGUGGUAGAUGCAUACUCCCCUUACACAGCUAUCGUGGCCCGACCAUGGCUUCAUGCACUAAGAGCUAUGCCAUUAACCCUACACCAAAAAGUGAAGUAUCCGUCAAGAGGUCAAGUCAAAGAAAUAAUAGGGAACCAAGCGAUGACCAGGCGAUGCAUGGUGUCCGCAAUCUCACGACGACCAAAUAGUGAACCUUCCACCUCAGCUGAGAACGGCUUAUAG